GUACGUAUGUAUGUAUAUAUGUAUGCAUGUAUCUAUUUAUGCUUCUAUCUAUCUAUCUAUCUAUAUAUCGAUCUAUCUAUCGAUCGAUCUAUCUAUCUAUCAAUCUAUCAAUCAAUCUAUCUAUCUAUCGAUCCAUUUGUCUCUCCAUGUAUGUAUGCAUGCUUGCAUGUGUAUAUGUAUGUAUGUAUGUAUGUAUGUAUGUAUGUAUGUAUAUAU